CCGCCUUCGCUGCUCCAACAUGGCCGCCCGCUGCGCACCGGAAGUGUGCUGCGCUUCCGCUUCCGGGACCGGGCUCGUCCUGAUGACCUUUGACCCCUGAGACCCACUCCCCACCAAUAUCUGGAGGUGUGGCAGGGGCAUGGACCCAGGGGCACUAUGGGGUGCAGAAGGCUCUGCCCAGGGCCUGUCCUUGCUGUCUCUGCCCGGCAGAGGCCCAGCUACGCGCCGAGUGGCCUCCAGGGGGCGCCGCGGCGAAGCCGGUGGUCUGUCUGUGGGCGGGCGCCGCCCCCCCCCCCACCCCCCUGAGCCCCCGGUUCUGCUGGCCCGGCCCCCGCGGGCGCGGGCGUGCUGGGGUCUCGGUGCGCGAGCCCUGGGCGUCCACGUGCUGCCUCGCCCCCAGCCCCCGUCCCAGGCCCCCCGCCCGGCCAGGCCGUGUCCACACGUCCGUGUGUGCGGGUGCGGCUGGGCGCUCCCGCUCCCGCUGCGGCCGCGGCAGGUGCAGGGUUAAGGCCCCGAGGCUCUCCGCUCGCCAGGGGGAGAGGCGGCCCCGCCCCGCCCCGCGCCCCUGCAGCCCAGCCCGCCGGAGCCCCGCCGGAGCCCCGCCGGAGCCCGCAUCUGCCGAGCCGGAGCCGCAGCCGAGCCGGAGCCGGAGCCGAGCGCGGACCCUCCCCGGAAGCCCCGGGGCCCCGGCCGGUACAGGCAAGGUCCCUGAAGUGGUCAGAUACCCCCUUCGAGCUCUGUGAUCUUGUAGAGUCAAGAUGAGGCCCAGUUGUGCCCUUCAGUGAUGUCUGCAGCCUGAGCAGAUAGCAUGGCCUGCCAGUGGAGGUGAAGACCAUGGCUGCAGGAAGCGGCCAGGCCUUUGCUUGGCAGGUGUUCCCACCCAUGCCCACCUGCCGGGUGUACGGAACGGUGGCAUAUCAGGAUGGGCACCUGCUAGUGUUGGGGGGCUGUGGCCGGACUGGACUGCCCCUGGACACCGCCGAGACACUGGACAUGACCUCCCAUACGUGGCUGGCACUGGCACCCCUACCCACUGCCCGGGCUGGUGCGGCAGCUGUGGUACUGGGCAAGCAGGUGCUUGUUGUGGGUGGUGUUGAUGAAGGCCAGAGCCCGGUAGCUGCUGUGGAGGCUUUCCUGGCUGACGAGGGCCGCUGGGAGCGUCGGGCCACCCUCCCUCAGGCAGCCAUGGGGGUUUCAACUGUGGAGCAAGAUGGUAUGGUGUAUGCUCUGGGGGGGAUGGGCCCCGACACGGCCCCCCAGGCCCAGGUACGGGUGUACGAGGCCCGCCGGGACUGCUGGCUCUCACUGCCCUCCAUGCCCACACCCUGCUAUGGAGCCUCGACUUUCCUGCAUGGGAACAAGAUCUAUGUCCUGGGGGGACGCCAAGGCAAGCUUCCAGUGACAGCCUUUGAGGCUUUUGACCUGGAGGCCCGUACCUGGACCCGGUACCCGAGCUUGCCCAGCCGCCGGGCCUUUGCGGGCUGUGCCAUGGCCGAAGGCAGUGUCUUCAGCCUGGGUGGCUUGCAGCAGCCAGGACCCCACAAUUUCUAUUCCCGCCCACACUUUGUCAAUACUGUGGAGGUGUUCAGCCUGGAGCAUGGGUCCUGGACCAAACUGCCUCGAAGCCUGCGCAUGAGGGACAAGAGGGCUGACUUUGUGGUCGGCUCCCUCGGGGGCCACAUUGUGGCCAUUGGGGGUCUUGGAAACCAGCCGUGCCCUCUGGAUUCCGUGGAGGGUUUCAGCCUUGCAAGGCGGCACUGGGAGACACUGCCUGCCAUGCCCACGGCUCGCUGUUCCUGUUCUAGUCUCCAGGCUGGGCCCAGGCUGUUUGUCAUCGGGGGUGUGGCCCAGGGCCCCAGCCAAGCUGUGGAGGCACUGUGUCUUUGUGACGGGGUCUGAAUGCCUGGUGGCACCUGUCUGCUGAUGCUUUUGUUGCUGAGGAAGCUCACUAUGGCUCUGGGGGGGUUGAGAGAGGCACGGGGGUGGGCACUGGGGACACUGCCUUGAGGACUGGGGGGCCCUAUGUCUUUAGGCCACACAUACGCUUAGACAGGCCACUGUUAGCACCAUUCCUUCUUGGACCAUUCCUAGCUCUGCCUCUGCUCUGGAACCUCUUGAGCCCUCCGUCCAACUGGGAAGGAGGAGGGAGAAUUGGCCUCUUGCCCUAUAGGGUCAGUGUCCACCUGGAGUUGGCCCAGACCACGCCAAUGGGUAUUCCUAAAAAGAAUCCCAGCAGGCUCCUGUGGACCCAGAAGGGUUCAGAGAGAGUAAGACACAAAAGUGACAAGUGGGCAAAGGGACUUCUAAAAUAUUAGCUUUGGGCCCCGUACACUGUUGGCUGUGUGACCUUGGGCAAGUCACUCCACCUCUCUGUGCCUCAGCAUCCUCAUGAGUAAAUGGGGAGCUCUGUAACCUUCCUUCCCUACCUACCUCACAGGGCUGUUGUGAGCACCCAGGGAAUUCAGACGUGGAAUAAAGUGCUGCUGAGGUCUCGUC